AUGUCGUCUACUAGCACUACGAUUAAUCAACUUAAUGCAGCAACAACGACAAUUGUAAUGGUUCUAACAAUUGUCUGUUUUGCGCUAGGUGCAGUAAGUCUCAUAUUCAACGUAAUAAUUUUUACUCGACGAUCUCUAUGCCGUGAACCAUGCUCAGUCUAUUUUUUCUGGUCAUCAUCUUUCAAUUUAUUUAUUGUAUAUGUGCUGGUACCUAUUCGUGUUCUUGCCUUUGGAUACAAUAUAGAUAUUUCAAGUUAUAAUAAUGGAGUUUGCAAAAUAAUAAAUUUUGUCAAUUAUUCGUCACGUGCAAUAACCUGUUGGUUAAUUGUAUUGGCAUGUGUUGAUCGUUUUUGUCACAGUUCAACAAAUGCAACUAUUCGUCGAAUGAGCUCAUUGAAGAAAGCUAGAUGGGGAGUAGGAAUUGUAAUUCUAAGCAUCAUGAUAUUAUAUAGUCACAUGCUUGUUUACUAUGGAUUAAGCUAUACGCUUAAUCAAUUCGGUAAUACUGUGGCCACUUGCAAUAGUCAAAUAGGUACGUACCGUACCUUUAUUGCAUUCUGGUUUAUGGCUUUAUAUUCACUUUGUCCAUCUUUCUUUAUGCUUCUUUUUGGUCUUCUUACAUUGAAAAAUAUUCGUCAACAUCGUCAAGUAGUUCCAACAGUAGCUGGAACAAAUCAACUUGUUCGACGUACAGACAAUCAGCUUUUGCGCAUGUUAAUUGCUCAAGUGCUCAUGGUCUUCAUUUCGACUUUGCCAUACUCAAUUUAUCUAUUGUAUACGGGAUUCACCAGUAACAUUCAAAAGGACACACUUCGAAUUACUCAAGAAAAUUUUGCAGGUCGCGUUACGGGCUCUUUCAUAAAUUUUGCUCAUACAACUAGCUUUUAUUUAUAUACAUUGACAGGUACAGUAUUUCGUAAAGAAUUCCAUAGAAUCAUUCUGCGAUGUCGUCAUCCAACUCGAGAUAUUGUAUCAACUACCUAA